AGUGGGCGGUGGCCCCGCGUCCCAGGAGCGCGCAGCAAUGCAGGCGCUCAACAUCACCCAGGAGCAGUUCACCCGGCUGCUGCGGGACCACAACCUGACGCGGGAGCAGUUCAUCGCUCUUUACCGGCUGCGACCGCUCGUCUACACCCCCGAGCUGCCUGGGCGCGCCAAGCUGGCCUUCGUGCUCACCGGAGUGCUCAUCUUCGCCCUGGCGCUCUUUGGCAAUGCUCUGGUGUUCUAUGUGGUGACCCGCAACAAGGCCAUGCGCACCGUCACCAACAUCUUUAUCUGCUCCUUGGCGCUCAGUGACCUGCUCAUCACCUUCUUCUGCAUCCCUGUCACCAUGCUGCAGAAUAUUUCUGACAACUGGCUGGGGGGUGCUUUCAUUUGCAAGAUGGUGCCAUUUGUCCAGUCUACUGCUGUUGUGACAGAAAUCCUCACUAUGACCUGUAUUGCUGUGGAAAGGCACCAGGGACUUGUGCAUCCUUUUAAAAUGAAGUGGCAAUACACCAACCGAAGGGCUUUCACAAUGCUAGGUGUGGUCUGGCUGGUGGCAGUCAUCGUAGGAUCACCCAUGUGGCACGUGCAACAACUUGAGAUCAAGUAUGACUUCCUAUAUGAAAAAGAACACAUCUGCUGCUUAGAAGAGUGGACCAGCCCUGUGCACCAGAAGAUCUACACCACCUUUAUCCUUGUCAUCCUCUUCCUCCUGCCUCUUAUGGUGAUGCUUAUUCUGUACAGUAAAAUUGGUUAUGAACUUUGGAUAAAGAAAAGAGUGGGGGAUGGUUCAGUGCUUCGAACUAUUCAUGGAAAAGAAAUGUCUAAAAUAGCCAGGAAGAAGAAACGAGCUGUCAUUAUGAUGGUGACAGUGGUGGCUCUCUUUGCUGUGUGCUGGGCACCAUUUCAUGUUGUCCAUAUGAUGAUUGAAUACAGUAAUUUUGAAAAGGAAUAUGAUGAUGUCACAAUCAAGAUGAUUUUUGCUAUAGUGCAAAUUAUUGGAUUUUCCAACUCCAUCUGUAAUCCCAUUAUCUAUGCAUUUAUGAAUGAAAACUUCAAAAAAAAUGUUUUGUCUGCAGUUUGCUAUUGCAUAGUAAACAAAACCUUCUCUCCAGCACAAAGGCAUGGAAAUUCAGGAAUUAUGAUGAUGCAGAAGAAAGCAAAAUUUUCCCUGAGAGAGAAUCCCGUAGAGGAGACCAAAGGAGAAGCAUUCAGUGAUGGCAACAUUGAAGUCAAGUUGUGUGAACGGCCAGAGGAGAAAACAAAGCUCAAACAACAUCUUUCCCUCUUUAGGUCUGAACUGGCUGAGAAUUCUACUUUAGACAGUGGGCAUUAGUCAUAACAAUAUCUUCAUAAUUAAUGCCCUUCAGAUUCUAACCCGAAGAGAAAAUUACUUUGAGCAAAGGUCAAAUACUUAUUUUAUUCUUGAGAUGAUGACGAGAAGGAAAUAAAUCAUGUUUCCAUUAAAAAAUGACACUAGGCUGGUCCAGGUGCAGUGAUGUUUACAACCAACUGAUCACAACCACUUAACAGAUUUCUGUGUUCCUUCUUCACUCCCACUGCUUCACUUGAUUAGCCUUAAAAAAGCGACAUGGAAAUACAAUUUUGAAAAAUUGGUAAACCAUACUUUUAAGAUUAUUUCAGUGGAUUUUAAAAAAUCUCGUACAGCAAUCAGUGUUUUUAGCUAGCAGUUUUUCUCCCGCACAGUCACUGUAAUGUGACUUUCUAGGUAUUACUAGAUUGGAUACAAAAAUAACUUAAAAUUAUAUGUUCUUUCUUGAAAAUUAAGUUAAUAGUUCAAGGCUGUAAUGUAAUUUUUAGUGCACUGUUGAAAUUAGGCGAUACAGUCUCCUGGAGAUAAGGUCUGUGCCACAUCAUAGUCAAAGCAAAGGGAGAAGCAGCCAAGUGACAGAUGAACGAGACUUAGAGGAAGAUGCCUGUACUGGAGCUAUAGUUCUGCCAGUUACCUUGCUGCCUUGCUGUGAUGACUGGCAAAUCACCUAACCUUUUUAAGACUUCGUGUUUUCCUGCAUAAACUGGAGGUGAUACCUCCUCCACUUCAUGGAGUUGCUGUGAGAACAAACUCAGAUUUGAGCAAACAAGCCCUUUGAACUCUAAAGAAGCCUCAAGCUCUGAUGCAUUAUCACAACUCCCCAUGUCUCAGGUCUCCCCUUUCUGUUCUCUUUUCCUUUCUGAUACUUUCCCUGACCCCUGCCCAACUUUCCCCUCAUUCCUGUAUUGUAACUGGUUUCUCUAACCAAAAUAAGCAAGUUUAGGGAGCCUCAUUUCUGUGGUAUAUUUAGGCAAAACUAACUGUCUCAUAUGGUUAUCUUUUUAAGCCCCUUAUUUUCAUCCAUAGGAUUUCUUAUAUAAAAGGAAUUUUCUGUGUAGUUAGUAGAUGAGGGUAUGAGUCAACUCCAGCCCCACGAAAUUGUACUGUGCCCAAGGCUGACCUUCAAGAGCUGGGUGAGGAAGAACAAUAGAGUUCCCCAAUCAUAUUCCUUCCCCCAACCUCCCUGAAGUGCAAUCCCUGUCUCUUCAAUCUUCUCUCUGGAUCCCAAAUGUCAUGGAUACAGAGGCCACCAUCACAGCUCUCUGUAAUUUUCCUUUCAACAGCUAAGAUUCCUAAAGUCCAGCGUCUGCCUCACAGCCAAAGCGUUUAUUCUGCUUCCAGUUUUCCAGCACUUAUUCUCUUGACAGGUAAUAGAAAGGAAGAGAAGCUUAAGAGUUUAUAGGACAUUUUACUGGUAAAGCUUUAAGAUUUGGGAACCAAGGACCUAACUGUUGGGAUCUUCAAGAUACAAAUAUUUAAUUUUAUAUGUGUCAGUGAAGCAUGCAUGAAAAAGACAAAGAUGAAACAGUGUGUAGUAUUAGGAAAAAUUGUCAAUAUGACACUGCAAAAUUCACAAAGAGAAAAGAGAGACUGAUUAUUUGAUUUCUACUGAAGUGGACUAAUUAUGGGUUAUUUAUAUAAAUUGCCUGUCGUGUCUAGUUAUCCUAUGGCAAAACAUGAUUAUCAUUAAACACCAAACCAUUAAAAAUGAAUUGGAUUCACUGAUUUUGGUUAUCCUUAGUCAGUAAAUAUUCAUAUAAUUCUUUCUACAUUGAUGCUCUAAAUAUGACUUAAUGAAAAACAGAUAAAUCAACACUGUUAUUGACCAUGUAAUUACUAAGAUUCGAAGCUUCUUUUAAUUCCUAAAUAUUUAGAUACUAGGUAAUAAUGUAAAUAUUUACUGUAAUAUUUCCAGACAUCUUAUGAAAGCUUUUAAAAAAUAUUUGCUCGCAUUGCAUUAAAGCUGUUUUAGAAACAGAAGUAGUAAUAGCACACUUUUUUGGUCCUUUAAAAAUAUCAUCCCUCUGCUCUGUUAUAAAGGUUCAAAAGGUAAAUAUGGGUCGAUCUGUUCCUGAAAAUGUCCUACCAUUAGCCAGAGAAUCUCUAAAUCCCAUCUGGACGUUGAAUCCAGACACUGAUGUAACACAGCCUGUGAGUCCACAUAGAGUUCACCCUGGAUUUGCAAAAUGAACCCUGACUACUGCCUUUUCUUCUAUUUUCCCUGACUUCACAGUCCUCUGAGUCUUAUACUCCCUUUGUCUUCUACUCAGCCAUCUGAUUUUUUCCACUUUUGUCUCUGCCAUAGGCUGUCUGUCACUCAUUUUAUUCAUCUUAUUUUCCUUUACCUGGUGCUUGAGGUAAAAAUUGAAAGGCUUUGUGGAUCCAGGAGGUAGGGUUUGGAGUGGUACAGAAUACUAGUUUUUCAUCUAUUAGCAUUUAGGCAAACCAUAUGUGAAAACAGUAAAAAGGUACGUUUCACUGCUCAGACCACUGAGCCUUUUAUUUCAUUAUGGAUCACUGUGCCAAAAAGAGGUCAGUAUCUUUUCUCACAAAUCUCCAAUAAGCAUAUGAAAAGCUGCUCAACACCAGUAGUCAUUACAAAUGACAAAACAAACAACAGUAAUACCCCCAGAAUAGUUAAAGUUUAAAAGUGUUGGUAAGGAUGUUGAGCAACUGGAAUUCCUGUGGCGGGUGGGAAUAUAAAAUGACACAGCUACUUGGGAAACAAUUGACUGAUAAAUUGAAUGGUUAUUCUACAUUCAAUUCCAUUCCUGGACAUUUUCUCAAUAGGAAUUAAAACACAUGAAUGCUCAUAAUUCGUAAUCACUAAAAACUGGAAAUAGUCCAGAUGUUUAUCAACUGGUGAAUGGAUAAACGAAUUGUGGUAAAGCAAUCCAAUUGAAUAUGACUUACUGACAAAAAAUGAAUUAACUAUUGAUACAUGGAACAACAAGGACCAAUUUCAAAAGUAUUCUGCUGAGUGAAAGAAACCAGCCAAAAAAGACUGUAUGCUCUAUGAUUCCAUUUACAUAAAAUUCCAGAGACAACAAAAUUGUAGGAAUGAAAAAUGGGCAGAUGGUUGCCAGGGGCUAGUAGUUAAGUUUAGGCAACUGAAUGCAAAAGACAGUGACUUUUUUGGGUGAUAAAAAUGUGCUAUCUCUUGAUUUCAGUAAUGGUCACUUGGCUUCAAACAUUUGUCAUAAUUGAUUAGAUUUCAUACAUUAAAAGGAUGAGUUUAUUGUAUACAACUUAUAUUUUGAUUUUUAAAAAUACAUUUCAAAAAGGAAUUUCAUUUUGCAAUGUAAAAAUGUCAACUCUUCAUACUGGUUCCUUGACCCGAAGAAGAAAAGUAUCUAUAAUAAGAAAAGCCUAGUGAAGGCUUCUAAAACUGCCCCACCCACCACCACCAGUCAAGAGACUAAAUUAAAAAUAAUAUUUUGGCCCUGGAGGAGCAACAGAGAUUGUUGCUGCUCUCAGAGGUUUAAAUGAUGCUGCGUAUAUACCCAUCAUAUCUUCAUUUGAUUCACUAGAAUGAUUCCUGCAAAACCUAGAUGGAUCGUAAUACAUGACACAGACUGCCACAAACAAGUAGUAGCCCUAAGAGCUGUGCUGCGCUGCAUGUGGUAUCUUUACUGGAGCAGAUUACCACAGCCUCUAGUAUGCUGUAUGCAGCUAUUGAUCAGACCAAUGCUUUGUGUUCAAUGUCUGUUAAGAAGG